GCGUCGUUUCCCACCGGGGACCGGAAAUGGCCGAGGUGGCGCAGGGGUUUCCUGGGCUGACGGCGCACGGGCUCUUCCUUUCGCUCCGACAUCUUGAAGCGGCAGCAUGCCUCCUAAAGAUGACAAGAAGAAGAAAGAUGGAAGUAAAGGGGGCAAAAAGGACAAAGAUCCAGUGAACAAGACUGGAGGCAAGGCCAAGAAGAAGAAGUGGUCAAAAGGAAAAGUAAGAGACAAGCUGAACAACUUGAUCCUGUUUGACAAAGCCACCUAUGAGAAACUCUUGAAAGAGGUACCGAACUACAAACUAAUCACACCUGCGGUCGUCUCUGAAAGACUAAAGAUCCGAGGUUCUUUGGCCAGGGCUGCCCUUCAAGAACUCCUUUCAAAGGGGAUGAUCAAGCUGGUGUGCAAACACAGAGCGCAGGUCAUCUACACGCGAAACACCAAGGGAGGGGAUGUCCCUGCCCCUGCCGCCGCCGCCGUUGCUGCUACUGAAGAUGCAUAAACAGGUUCUGGAAUGGAUUCAAAUUGAGGAUAUUGGAAAACAAAAUAAAAUAUAACAUACAUUUGU